AUGUCGGAGAUGUACAAGAAAGAAGUCCCUCUCUACGAUGAACUACUUUCAAUUGUUGCAGAAGUCGAUAAUCAAGUAGCCAGCGACCCAUUACCCCCACGCCAUCGGAUUGAAAGGCAUGGCGACAUACGCCUGGGGACACCCCGAGAAAUGCAAAUCAUGGCCAGGCUGUUCGCGCUUUUCAACAUGUUUCCUGUCGGCUAUUACGACCUCAGCCUUGUUGGCUUCCCCUUACAUGCCACAGCCUUUCGGCCCCUGACGAGCGAUGCUUUGGCGCGGAACCCUUUCCGAGUCUUCACCAGCCUUCUCAGAUUGGACCUCCUUCCGGAUGAGACAAGUACUUUAGCUCAAAAGGUUCUCUCCAAACGCAACCUGUUCUCCGACAGACUUAUGGAGCUACUUGGCCAGGCCAAAACCACGGGACUUGCAACUCCGGAGCAUGAAGCGGAGUUGUUGGAAGAAUCGCUGAAAAUCUUCAGGUGGCACGCGACGACCCAUACCCCUUAUGAUUCUUACGUGCAGAUGAAGGCGGUGCAUCCCAUGAUCGCAGACAUCGCAUGUUUCCCAAAGUCCAGGAAGCCAUGCAGCAGCGCGGAAUGCCGGCUAAGGAUCGAAUUGAGGGCCCCCCCUAGAAGAGCAUGCGACAUCUUGCUAAGGCAAACCAGCUUCAAGGCCUUUGAAGAGCGAGUGCAGUUCGUGAACGACAAUGGAGAGGUGACGGUCAGCCAUCACACUGCGCGCUUUGGUGAAGUGGAGCAGCGAGGAGCGGCCGUAACCCGCAAAGAACGAGAACUCUACGAUACAUUGCUCGAGAGAGCCGACAGCAUCGCCGGAGCAAAUGUUGGCAGCAACGACAGAUGGCAGAAAGUUCUCCAGGACGCCUUUACACCAUAUCCAGACACGUGGGCUGAGUUACGCUCACAGGGCCUGGUCUUUUUCAGAUACCGUCCCGUAAACAAGGCCUCCACGCCAUUGUCGGGCGAGGUGUGUAAGCUCUCUGAACUUCUGGCCAAUGGCCUGGUGGAGUACGAACCCAUUACGUAUGAAGACUUCCUGCCAAUCUCAGCCGCUGGCAUCUAA